CUGAGCUGAGUAUUUCAUCACCGACGAGAUCAGCUGAUUGAACGCAGGCGCAGCGUCUCCAACUUGACUACUUCACAUUGUACAAUCUCACUUAUGUAAUCUGGAUCACCGCCGGAGAAGCUAAUUGGCAAUGGCCAAUUAUUUCCAUUUCAUUUCUUCUCUUUUUCAUCUCCUCGUCGUACUCUUAUUACUACUCAACAACAACCCCGUCCUAUGCAAGACGCUUAAGCGAGACGUGAAGGCAUUAAAUGAGAUAAAAGCAUCACUCGGAUGGAGAGUGGUGUAUGCUUGGGUUGGAGACGAUCCUUGCGGGGGUGGAGAUUUGCCUGCUUGGUCCGGGGUCACGUGUUCCGCUGUGAGUGGUAGCGAUUAUCGCGUUGUUACUGAAUUGGAAGUGUAUGCAGUGUCUAUCGUUGGUCCUUUUCCACUCGCAGUCACCAAUCUGAUGGACCUUACGAGGCUGGAUCUUCAUAACAACAAACUUACAGGCCCAAUUCCAUCUCAAAUUGGCCGACUGAAGCAUCUCAAGAUUCUUAAUUUGCGGUGGAAUAAACUCCAAGAUUCUAUUCCUCCUGAAAUUGGUGAACUGAAACAGCUUACACAUCUCUAUCUGAGCUUUAAUAAUUUUAAAGGUGAAAUUCCAAAGGAGCUAACAAAUCUUCCACAACUUCGUUACCUUCAACUGCAUGAAAAUCGCUUGAUUGGGAGAAUUCCUCCUGAAUUAGGAACCUUAACAAACUUGCGGCACUUGGAUGUUGGUAACAAUCACUUGGUUGGGACCAUUAGAGAACUAAUUCGCAUUGAAGGAUGCUUCCCAGCUCUUCGUAAUUUGUAUCUGAAUAAUAAUUACCUUACUGGAGGAGUUCCGUCACAACUUGCUAAUUUGACAAACUUGGAGAUUUUAUAUUUAUCCUACAACAAAAUGUCUGGAGUUAUACCAUUCGGGGUUGCUCAUAUUCCUCGAUUAACAUACUUGUACUUGGAUCACAACCAAUUUACCGGGAGGAUUCCGGAUACCUUCUACAAGCACCCAUAUUUGAAAGAAUUGUACAUUGAAGGAAAUUCAUUCCGGCCGGGUGUGAAACCGAUUGGCGUACACAAAGUUUUGGAGCUUGCUGAUUCAGAGUUUCUGGUGUAGGCAGAGAUAAGUUUUGGCCUUUACUAUUAGUAAUUUAUUUUUCCAAAUCUGCGAGCCUUCUGCUUCAGAACAAUCGACCCGAAAUUAUUUAUGUAAACAUGCAUCUCUCCCAAUUAAAACACCAUGUUAGCUCUCAACUGUGUAUAGAUCACUUCUUUUUUUGCAGUUUCAAUAGUUACUCCCUUUGUACCAUUAAAAAUGAAAUGUUUUCGAUCGAUAAAUACAUUAAACAUUUCAUAAGUUUACACUUAGAAACAGAA